AUGUGGAGUUUCCCAGUCCAAACACUUUUCAUCGCGGCGUCGCUGCUGUCCGCUCGUGCGCUCGCCGACCUCACUCCCGGUGUCAACGAGAAGUGCCGAGGCUACUCGGCUUCCAACGUCGACUGGCACAGCGAUGGAGUCAGUGCCGACUUGAAGCUCAUCGGCGACGGUUGCGCCAUUUAUGGCCCUGACCUCUCGUUGCUGAGGCUUACCGUCAACCACGAUACUAGUGAGUCUCCCCCGCCCGUUACCAGUCUCCACUAA